AUUACAGGCAAAACUGUAUAUUCAACGUCGAGAGAGGAAAAAAUAGCAUCGAUGAGCCGUUAUUUAACGCUAAUUAUCCUACACCACCAGAUCUUACCCUUGCUCGACAAGAAAUAUCUCCGGUGCAGAUCCUCCAUUCAUUGAGAAGUGGUGUCUGCGAACGUGGUUUUUUCUUUACUUUGGCAACACUUCUUAACAACAUUGUUGUCAUUCUGGUUGAUUAUUUACGUUUACGGUGCUCGUUCCUGGUUACGAACCAGUACCUCAUUACACCAUGGCGGACUCACUGGAUUAUCUGUCCCCCGAUUUCGACUUGAAUUCCCUCACCGUUCCACGCCUUCGCUCCAUCCUUGUCAGUCACGAUGUUCCCUACCCGGCCUCCGCGAAGAAAGCACAACUUGUCCGGAUCCUGGAGGAGGAAGUCUUGCCCCAAGCCAGGAAGCUACUGCGCGAACGGGAGCGAGUAAAGAGAACUAGCGCAGGAAUCACGGACAUGGGAAGUCGUGCGACUUCGGUCGCUAGUGAUUAUGACGACCAACGGGAAUAUGGAGAGCGGGAGUCAAUGCCUCCACCACCCACUCCCUCGACAGUAUCAACGACUACUGGCGGACGAAGAGGUCGCCCCAAGCGGAGUACUAGAGGAUCAACAGUGGAUACGGAGGAAGGAAAUGCCCCAGCGACGCCGUCAACUGCCUCAAGAAGAACCGCCCCGAGGUCUGAGAGGAAAAUUCCUCGCGCAGCUGACAUUCCGGAAGAGGACCCCGCAACUCCAGUUAUGCCCGACACCAUGGCACCCAGGAGAUCGACAGCUAGAAAACUUCGGAGGAGUGAGAUGAUGACUCCAUCCACGGAACCUGAGCCGCCCGCCCCAGCUGUGAAGGUAGAGCCAAAGGACGAUGCGGUUUUCACAUAUGACAAUCCUUUCCAAAGCGGAAGCUCCCCUGCACCUUGGGAUCAGCAGAGGACGAGUCUCAGUGGAAAACGGAAAAGCAGUUCUCGUCUGCCGACUGAAAGCCCUGCCUUCAAGGAAGGAUUGCGAUCUCGGAAGUCGGAGACCCCCGCCAGCAUCAAACGCGAAUAUCAAAGUACGCCCAGGACAUCUUCAUUCGGGUUCUCAGCUGCUAAGCCGGAAUACGCCGAAGAGGAACUCCAAGAUUAUGAAGACGACUACGAAAGCGAAGCUAGUGCCGGCGAAGAAUUCACACCGGAUGAACAACUUGCCUUGGAAAGAGAGCAGGCCGAUUUGAUGUACCCCCCCACCCCUAGCCGUCGACAACCGCAAAAGCAGGGGGCAGCGAGCAAAGCAAUUCUCUAUGUGGUCGUCGUAUCAUUACUGGGUAGCUUUGCUGCAUGGUGGCGCAAGGAGAAGAUUGAAAUCGGAUUCUGUGGGAUUGGGAAACCUACCUGGUCGUUGGUCGAUACCAAGGUGCCUGAGUGGGCCAAUAUCCUGGAGCCUGUCUGUGACCCGUGCCCCCCGCACGCCUUCUGCUACCCCAACUUCGAGGCACGCUGUGAGCAUGACUUCAUUCUGAAACAGCAUCCACUAUCACUGGGGGGUGUGGUCCCAUUGGCCCCCACUUGUGAGCCCGACAGCGAAAAGGCUCGCCGUGUCAAAGCUGUUACUGACAAGGCCGUGGAAGAGCUCCGUGAUCGAAGGGCCAAGUGGGAAUGUGGCGAACUGACACACGAUGGCAAAGAUGAAAACUCCCCAGACAUGAGUGAGCCAGAGCUCAAACAAGAGGUUGGGAACAAACGGCGGAAAGGAAUGAGCGAUGCUGAAUUCGACGAGUUGUGGACGGGGGCUUUGGGUGAAAUCGUUGGAAAAGAUGAGAUUGUGAGCAAAACCAAACCAACAACCUCUGAGCUCAUCCUCACUUCCACAUCUAUCACGCGGCUCCCCCUCACCUGCGCCUUCCGCCGUCACAUCCGACUAUCUCUCCUCGCGUAUCGACUCCCUAUUUCAAUUUUGAUCGCCUGUGUCUCUCUCGUAGUCUAUGUUCGUUCGCGGGUGCGAGCCCGCCGCUCUGAUAUGGCAAGGGUCCCCGAACUGGUGGCAACCACAUUGGACCGCUUGGCGACACAAGCCGCCCUGCAUGCUCGUGGCAAAGCUCGCGAGCCGUACGUUCCCGUGGGGCAAUUGCGAGACGAUGUUCUUCGUUCUGAACUACGGGGGAAUCGGCGCGAAGAGCUCUGGCGGCGUGUACGCACAGUCGUCGAAGGCAAUGCCAACAUUCGAGCUGCGGUUAGAGAGGGCCGUGGCGGCGAUGUUGCCCGCGUGUGGGAAUGGAUCGGUGGGAUCGGCAGCGUAGGUGGGGACGUCGAAGAAAGCGCACGACCAAGGGACAGCAGCAAAGUGCAGUUGUCGGCCUCGUCGAGUGACUGCCGUGAGCCCGACCAAGAGAACGGCGAUCGAUCCACUGGGAGAAGCCCGAGAGAAUCACGCAAUUGGGAUGAGGGAAGGCCGAUUUACUGAGAUGGGCAGAGCCCACCAGCAGCUUGUCUCGUUUUUGUUAUUCUGAGGUUAUAUAUUUUUUUUUUUUUCGUGUUUAUUGAUACAUUGUUGUGGCAUCCAUAUUACCACAGCCCGCCGUUUUGUAGAUACCUUGUCUUGCUUCCUUCAUUGCUGCCUUUUUGCCAUACCAACGGAUUAUGAUCAAUUGCUUGGGAAGAGAGUUUGUUUAUUGUCCAGGGCGCGAUGGCGUUGGAUUGUUGAGGUAUUUCUUGCUCAUUUAAGUACAUACUUC